UGAGUGAGUGAAGGGAAAAUGAGGGCUGAAGGGGGCUGAAGGAAUGUGGCAAACGCCUAGGUAGAAGGAACAGUAAGUGCGGAAGGAAGUGUGCGGGGAUGAGAAUGUGAGAAAUGUUAAGCAGUUCCCUGUUCCUGGAGCACUUUCCCAGGGUGACUGUAGGAUUCGAUGACAUAGCAUACACACUACUGUCAAUGGUAACUCGUCAUAUAAGUUACCGUUGUGAAUAAACGCAGACCUGUAACUACCAGUCACUUAUUAUAUAUUCUGAUAUUCAAAGAAAAAGGAAGGAUAAUUUUGAAGAGGUACUUCCUCUGAUGGCUUCUGUGACUUACACGCCGGGUCCUGCGACCUCACACCAUCCUCUACAUUACUUGGUGUCGCCUUGACCACGAAUCUCAUUGGUCUUUCCAAGUGGAAACUGUUAUGGGAUUGCUGUGGAGAUAGCCAGAGGCCCGCCCCCUGUCGCUGAUUGGGUGAGGAGCGGCCAAAUCAGAAAACCUGCCUCCGUCUCCCGGCGGCCCCGCGGGGGCCUGUUGCUCGGCAACUGAUUUGCUUCCUCCGCUGCGCUGCUGCCGGGUUGCACCUGUGAAGUGGAGACAACGUGCUAGGACCUUGGUGGGCGUACACCUCUCACUCCCACUCAGGCGCCGACGACACGGCGUUGUCUGUUGCUCUUGCAAGUUCGUCUUGAGACUGGGCUGUGAGCUGGCACUGCAGUGAAACGCCACAGACGAGGAAGCGCCCAAGUUUUCCUUCGGGAAGUUCUCGUUUAGAGGAGUCAGGAGAAAAACUCAUUGUUAUAUCCCAAAUUUAGAAGCCACUUAUCUUGGGAGGCUUCCGAGGUUCUAGAAAGCAAAGUAACUUAUAUCAGUUUACUAAAUGUGGGAAGGUGACCCAUAACUUUAAACAUCUGCCCCAGGGUAAAUGUGAGGCAUUUGGGGACGGGUACCAGACCCUCCGCUGCCUAUCAUGCGCGGCAGCGCUUACCGCUUGCUGCAAAGAGACUUCCAUGAGCUCAGGGAGAACAAUUAUAAGGGUAUCACUGGUAAGCCUGUAAGUGAAGAUAUGAUGGAAUGGGAAGCUGAAAUUGAAGGUCUACAGAAUUCAGUUUGUCAGGAUUUAGUCUUCCAACUGACAAUACAUUUUACAUCGGAGUACAACUAUAUUCCUCCAGUUGUGAAAUUUAUAACAAUUCCUUUUCAUCCAAAUGUUGACCCACAUACUGGUCAGCCCUGUAUAACUUUUUUGGACGACCUUACGAUGUGGAAUACAAACUACACAUUGAGCAGUAUCUUACUUGCCCUACAGGUUAUGCUUUCUAAUCCAGUGCCAGAGAAUGCAGUGAAUUUGGAAGCAGCCAGAAUACUGACUGAAAGUGAAUGUCUGUACAGAGCAAUUCUAAAACUUUUCAGCAGGCCAUUACAAAUGAAAGAUGACAGCCAGAAGUUACCUAAAGAUCCAAAUAAACGUAUGAGAUCAAUUAAAGGAGUCCUAUUUAGUGAUUACUACCAGAUAUGGUCUGGAAUAGCUACAUCAAGAGCCACAGAACACUACAGAACUCCAUUGCUCAAAGAUCCAAAAUUCAUUGGACGGUAUUACAAAUGGAAGAAAAUGGAUCUACAGCAUCAUAAAGAAUGGAAUUUAAAGUCAAAAAAAAUCUCUCUUUGGAAGCAGUAUGGAGGGAAGAGUAUGAGCUUCAGAGUCAGACAGAUCUUGGAGAAAUUCUUACCUAUUCUGAACUUGUUUCCUUAUCUGUUAAAUGGAGGUAGCCUUACCUACCUUGCAAAGUUGUUUUGCAUUUGAUCUCUUGAAUGAAAUCAUAUAUAUAAAAUAAUAUAGCACCACACAUAGGCAUUCAAUAAAUUAUAGUUCCUGGGGAGAAGAGGAGAUGGAAGUUCAUGCCACCCAACUUUUCAGAGAAUAAAAACAAUCUGUUGGAAACAUGUAAAAUUUGUCUUUUCUCAGGUUAGAAAACACCACUUAGCUACAUUUAUUGUAGUUCCUAUAUGCCUCUGGUUCUUCCUUCUCCACUGCGCCUCCAUCAUUUCUUCUGCCUGGUGAAAUGCUUUACAAGGAUGGUGAAGAUCUGGCCCAAAUGUCUUUUUGUGGAGACCGUUUCUAGCAAACUCAGGCAUUCCCAGUUUCGCCAUCCUCUCUCAUAUUCUCUGUUCCCAUGUCUUUCACCAUGUGCUAUGUGGAAAUUCAUCUGUUCAUGAAGAGAAACCAGGGCAAGGAUGUUAGUGUUCCUUUGCAUUCUCUGUGCUUAGCAUGGUGCCUGGGCCUGCCAAGUAGUAGGCACUCAAAUAAUGUUAGUUGAAAGAUCUGUACUCACUCUGGUUUUUCAACUAGGAGUAGGAUUAAAUGUGAAGGCAGUUAAUUAUAGGAAAAAUAAAAUUAAGUUGCAGACUUUUAAGGUUCAUUCUAAUGUAAAGAUUUAGGGUUGUAUUUUGAAAGUUCUACAGUGUAGUCAAAAACAGUGAUUGAAAACUGGAAAUAUAAAUGGCCAUCAUGAAUAUUUUAUGCAAAACCUCCAAUUUUUAAAGUCUUGUUACUAUUAAUAGAAACCUAUUGUCAUUAUAAGCAGCUCAUAAAUAUUCACUAACCAAUCAUUUGGUUUGGUUUUCCUUUCUAAGGACUUUUUUCUUUCCUAUUGCCUUGAGUGUCUUUGGCUAUUCAUGAAUAUUCUUUAUUUCCACUAAAGGGGAUGAAUCUAUAAUCAGUAUUUUGUAUUUAAGUUCUCCAGAGAAAUAGUAAAAGAUAUAAAAUCAGAAAGCAAUGAAAGCUGUUCUUUUGAGUCUUCUUGCUUAUACACAUUUAAAAGUACAUUUACUGCCAUACCCUAGCUAAUGAUUGCUUCUGCGACAACGGAAAAGUCUUUAUCAGUAUCUAAGCUUUGGCAGCUAGCAAGUUGUCUAAAUAAAACUUAUCAAUUGUUGUGGUGGUUUACAUUCACUGUAGCUUUAGAAAAGAAUACUGCUUCUUGUUUAUACUAAAGAGGUAUAGAAGGAACAGGAACUAACAUGGCUAAGUGCUUUCUGUAUGCUAGGCAUUCUCCCUUCAUUGCCUCAUGUCAUACUGGCCAUCCUGUGGAGUUGAUAGUCACACGUGUAAGUGUAGCCCACAAUAAUACCCAUCAGCUUCCGUCAGAGCCACAACAAAUCAACCUGUACUCCAAGUCAGACCACUUUGCUUGCCUUGUUGGCAGCCUCAAGACCAGAUUCCUAACCUCCUUUUCAAUGGAUGACCGCCCCUAAGACCCAUCCCCCAUCCCCCAAUGCCCCAGAAAUUCUUUAAAGGUGCAGAUAGAUAUUAUCUCUAAUUUACCAAUGAGAGAAAUGGAGGCACAAACAGAUUAGCAAGUUUUCCUGAGGUUAUUGAUAAAUACAAAUUUUAUUUGCAAAUUAAAACUAAACAAUUUCUUACUUGCCUACUAAUAUGCACUUAUUAAAAGCUUAAAUUGUUCAGGGAAUUGUAAAAAUAUUGCCUACCCAAGUGCAAGCACAAUCAAAUCUACCUUUUGUGAAGAAGUUGUGUUUUUUUUUUAUUAUUAAACAACAUCAGUUUUUUCUUCUAUAUAAAAAAACAUCUGUGCAAUAUCAAAUACCAAUAAAAAUCUUUUUUAUAUUUGUAAAUUAUACUCUGGACUUAGUUGUCCUGUCUUUUAAAUUAAGGGGCUGAUACAUAUUUUUUCUACAUUUC